GUUUCGGAGUUGCGAUUCAAUUUUUAUACAUUUUCUGACUUCAUUAUGGCUGAUUAUUUGAAGUCUGCAUUGAGUUAUUUCGCCAAUUCAAACACUACUAAAAGUGAAAAUGAAUUUAUUGGCAGUAGUAUAUCUGUUGGGCAACUAAAUUUAAAGGUUAAGCGAAUUAUUGCUGAAGGUGGCUAUGGAAUAGUUUAUGAAGCUCAAGAUAUCAAUGAAGAUACAUCGUAUGCGUUAAAGCGUAUGCUCGCUCACGACAAGCCUUCAGCAGAUCUUAUUCUUCAUGAAGUUCGUCUACUGAAACAAUUAAACGGACAUCCAAACAUCCUUAAAUUUUUUAGUGCAGCGUCUGUCGGUAAGGAGAAAAUGAAGAUUAUUGGCACUGAGUUCCUGAUAGUCACAGAGUUUUGUAAAAGGGGCCAGUUGGAUAAAUAUUUGCCUACACCAAAAUGUGAAAAUCCCCUUUCAUCAAAUGUUAUCUUACAAAUUUUUCAUCAAUGCUGUCGUGGCGUACAGCACAUGCAUAGUCAGUGUCCACCAGUGAUACAUCGGGAUUUGAAAAUCGAAAAUUUGUUACUUACGGAUAAUUUUAUUAUCAAGUUAUGCGAUUUCGGUAGUGCGACUACAAUUACGUAUAAUCCAGAUCAAUCAUGGACUGCUUUACAACGUGGAAGUGUUCAAGAAGAACUGGAACGUUUCACAACACCAAUGUAUCGAGCUCCAGAAAUGCUUGAUCUCUAUCAAAAUUAUCCUAUUGGUACUCCAUCAGAUAUUUGGGCUUUAGGAUGUUUAUUAUUUUACUUGACAUGUACUUAUCAUCCAUUUGAAGAUUCAUCGAAAUUGGCUAUUCUGAAUGCUAAUUAUAGCAUACCAGCGUCAACAAGUCCAGAUAAUGCACCAUUUUACAGCUUAAUACGACAAUUACUUCUCAUUAAUCCAUCUGAACGUCCUAACAUAAAUGAAAUUCUUGGUGAAUUAUCUGAAUUAGCAUCUAUGAGAGAAGUCCGAGUAAGUGGUUCUAUUCCUCUUUUGGAAGAAGUUGCUAAAAGACGUAAUGCGAACGUUACUACUACUUCUGUAACCCAACUAUACAAUCGCAAUGAGCCUAAAGUUAAAGAAUGUUACCCAGUAUCAAUGCAUACGGAAGACAAUCUUAUAAUAAAUCAACAAGCAAGUCCACAGUUACCAUCUGAUAAACCAUCUAGACCGAAUCCUCCAACAUUACUUUCACAGCAAAAAUCAAAUCCAGUAGUAGUUCAUUUUAAUUCUCCGUCAACAUCAUCGUCAUCAACAAUAAUAAUAACAACUCAAGCAUCUACAACUAGCCAAAUUACAAAUAAUCUACAAUUACCAAAUCAAUCUGUGAGUAAUAUGUUUGAUAUGAUUAAAGGCGGUGCUGGCAAUUUAAUUCGUAAUAUACGAGAUGCAUCAACUAAAGUUAUUGGCACUGUUUCACCCACAUUAAAUACAGAGCUCGAUUUCCAAUUUAUCACUUCACGUAUAGCAGUUACAUCUUUCCCCACGGAAAGUGGAUUUGAAGUCCUUGCCAAUGUGAAUUCCAUUGAAGAAAUGCAAAAUAUGCUUGAUGCACGUUUUCCAGAUGCCUAUGCUGUUUAUAAUCUUAGCAAUCGUCCAUAUCGUUCAGAUCACUGGUUUCAUGGUAGAGUAUCACAUCGCGGUUUCGAAACACACCGUGCUCCUUCAUUAAAAGCUUUAAUUGAAUUAUGCCUAAACGCUAGACUAUGGUUAGCUCAAAAACCGAACAAUAUAUGUGUUAUUCAUUGUACUGAUGGUAAAACAUUAUCCGCAGUAUUGGCAUGUUCUUUAUUAUGUUUUUGUCAAGUAUUUGAUAAUGCCUCACCUGCAAUUCAGUUGUUUGCAUCGAAACGUGGCAAUCCUGGUUUGAAUGCAUCACAGAUUAGAUAUAUUGAUUAUGUGGCUCAAUUAAGUCAUAAUCGUGUAUUUACACCGCAUCAUUUUCCAUUGAAUCUUAUCAGUUUGAUAAUUGCACCGGUACCAACGUUUAAUAAAUCCAAAAAUGGAUGUCGACCGUAUGUGGAAAUAUUUGAAGGGAAGACCAGAGUAUGCUCAACUUACACAGAUUAUGAUAAUUUAAGAUCCUAUGUUCUUGAAGAUGGAAAGAUCCAAAUACUUUUGAAUGGAUUAACUGUCUUAGGUGAUCUUACAGUUAUCAUUUAUCACUGUCGAUCUUCAUUCGCUGGACGUGGCAAGAUCAGUUCAGUGAAGAUUGCUCAGUUCCAAUUACACACUGGAUUUGUGGAACACAAUCUAACUGAACUAAUUUAUUUUAAAUCUGAUUUAGAUCAUCUAGAUAAUAGCAGCAGUUUUGCCGGUUUCACUAGUCGUUAUGCUGAAAGCUUUCAUGUUACAUUGGAAUUUAUGGUUUCGCCAACUGAACGACCAAGACAAAGUGAUAAUCUUGUUUACCCUUGGGAAACUCUACCAUCAGCUGACCUCCUUAACCCUAAACUGUGUGUAUCAAAUAAUGAUGAAUUGAAAAAGAUUUUAUCUGAUUACGGACGUUUCAAUCGUAAACCAUCAGCUGGAAUGCAUCAAGGAAUUAGUUUACAACGUAAUCAAUCAAAUGAUCUAUCAGAGAAAGAUGACAUAAGCACUAAUAGUAAUAGUGACAUGUCAUAUAAUUCAACAAAUGAAUCUGCUACUGCUCCCACCAUUGCUACCAGUAAUGCAAAACAAGAUAAAGCAGAAUUUAAUGAUAUUUUAGUUGCAGAUUUAAUCAACACCGAUGAUAUACCAACAAAUAAUAAUCGUAAUUACACUUGUCCAUCAACUUCUUCUGACCAUAAUUACAAAUUGGUGGAUGAUAAGGUUGAUGAGGAUUUUUCUUCAUCUACUAAGAAUCAUGCUAAUAUUGACGAUAAUGAUAUGGAGGCAGGUUAUAAUGACUUGCUUGGACUCAAUGUGGAGUAUUCAGUUCCAACCGCAAACACUUCUACAACUGCUGCUAAUACUGAGGAUCCUAUUUUAAUUGAUAUAGCCCAAAAUCCGUUUGUGAUCUAUAAUAAAAACUCAAAAGAUGAAGUCAUCACUUCAUCAACAACUUGUCAACAUAAUAGUUCAGAUGAAUUGAAACAAACCGAUAAACAAUUAUUUGUUGAUGAUUUAUUCAAUUUCAAUUCAACUGUCGAGAAUAAUUCAAAAACUGAUCUUGGUUGGGAGAAUGUAUUUGGCUUCGCGUCAUCAGAAAGUGCACAGACCACCAGCACCUCCAACAACACUACUACAAGCAACAUUGGCUUAUCCAAUAAUCCUUUUGAUCCAUUCGGUAUAGCCACGUCGGAAUUCUCUGAUUUGUUUUCGGCACCAAAUUUACAAAACAGCUCUACUACUACUAGUAGUAGUACAACACUUCCUAAUACAACUGCUGUUACUACUGCCUCUCCUCAGACUUCUACUACCACUAAUACCAAAGAUUAUUUUGGACAACAAGGUGGUCGUUUAAGCGCAAGCACCAGUGCUACGAAUUUUAAUCCGCUUUUCGCAUCAGCUUCUUUUACAAAUUUAUCACCUAACGUUGAAACUAUUUCAGAUAAGACUAGUACCACAACAGCUACUGCUACUGGCAUCAAGAAUCCUGAUCACCUAGAUCCAUUUGCAGAUUUUGCUGAUGUACUUCGAGAUCGAUUAAAUCAAAAUUCUUCUGGUACUAAUACUGCCAGUAAUAAUAAUGCAUAUACCCCACCAUCAUCGAAUAGAUCAUCUACAAACUUGGGUGGUUUUUCUGCUGGUCCCAGUCCAGCGCAUCAUUUUAAAUCUGGUAUCGACUCAAAAUUUACGCACAAAUCUUCAAAUAAAACAGACUCAAAUCACAAAGACAAUGCUUCUAAUUUAUUUCAUGCCUAUGAGAAAUCCAGUCAAUCUCAUUCUUCCUAUUCCAAUUUCCCCAAUACUAACACUACUACUGGAUCAACAUCAAUACCAAAUAGUGGAGGAACUGGUACCAGACCUCAGGUCGAUAAAGAUGCAUUUUCUGACCUACUCGGGGGAUUCGCUUCUUCUCGAACACACAAUACCGAUGAUAAUAAACAACCAAAAACAGUGAAUCAGAUUCGUCGUGAAAAAAUGGCUAAAACCACCGAUCCGGAACAAUUGAAAGUCUAUGACUGGGCUGAGGGUAAAGAUCGAAAUCUUCGAGCAUUACUAUGCUCAUUACCUACUAUAUUAUGGGAUGGAGCACGUUGGAAGAAUGUUGGCAUGGCUGAUCUAAUAACACGGGAUCAAGUUAAACGUCAGUAUCGAAACGCUGCUCGUGCAGUUCAUCCUGACAAGUGGAUGGGUACAUCACACGAGAAUAUCGCUCGUCUAGUAUUCGUUGAACUGAAUGAUGCUAUGGCUGAAUUCGAUAAGGAUGCUAACAAUUCAUCAGUAAAUAUGAAUUUGUAACAUCUUUUUUUUUUGGUUAACUUCAUUCUAAUUGAUAUGGUUAUACUUUUCUUCAUUUCUUCUGUCUUUACCGAAUCGUGAAUUUCUCUGUUUAUCAUGCAAUUAAUUAACUUAUUGUAUUCCUGAAAUCUCUGAAAUCAUUCCAUUCUGAGGACAAAUACUUUUUUUGUGAUUUAUCGUAAUAGGUCUUUUUAUUCUAUCUUUUUUGUUUUAUUUAUCCGUACACUUCCAGGGAUCUCAUAUCUCCUACUGACAAUCCAAUGUAAAUCUGUAAUCUAGAUAAUGUUGAUGAUGAUGAUGAUGAUGAUGAUGACAAUGAUGGCGUUUGUAUAGAGGAGAUCAAAUAUUAUUGAUGCAUUACUAUCUUUGUUUUUACUUGUUUAUCGUUUUUUUCUGAUGCUGGUUGUGGGUAAUUCUAACAUUGUUACACUUUCUUACUACUCUCUCCGUCUCUCUUUAGACGAUUUUCUUAUCACUCUUUCUAAUUCAUUUUUUUAAAUGUAUUUUUCCCAUGUGAUCAUGUGACUUAUUAUAAUCAUCAUCAGAUUUCGUCUAGUUCUUUCAAACGACCUUCUUCAGUGAUAUAUCAUUGAUAUUACUAUUCAUUAAAACUAUGAUUCUACAUAGAAUAGAUGGUGGUGAUAAUCUAUCUCUCUCACUCUUCCUCCUGUCUUUUCAUUCACUUAUGAAUGGUUCUUUAUUUAUAUUUACUUAGAAAAGUUCAUCCCUUCAAUAAUCAAACCAUUCUAAUGUUUGUCAUACAUCAUCACUUAUCAUCCAAAAAACAAGAAGGAGUGAGAUAUUUCCUGUCUGUUUUACCUAAGUUGUGCAAUACAAGCGCCUGUUAUAAAAAAACAAACAAACACAUUAUAUGCUUACACUCACAUAGGAUUUGUAUAUAUAUAUAUAUAGUAUCGUAUAGUUUAAACGAUUUACUCAUUGUUGUUGUUGUUGUUGUUGUUGCUUAUCGUGAUAGUUAUUCUCACUGUUCAUUAGUGGUUAAAAAUACUUGGGAGACAAAAAAAAACACAAAUCAAUUUUCAAGUUUAGCAGAACUACAGUUAUAAAAAAAAAAUAAUACUGUUAUUUUUCCUAUUUAUCAGUAGAAAGUGUCUUUCUUCAGUUUUCCUGUAAUCUAUUCUUCUCCUUCUUCCUCUCAUCAUUAGUUUGUUGUUCAUCUGAAAACCAAUAUAUUUGUAUCAUAUAUUCGUUUGAUUUCAAACAACUAUUUGUUUGCUUUUUUCCAACAUCAUCGUCAUCAAUGUCUUUAUUAUCAUUUUAAUACAGAAAAUGAAUUGAUAAUGAUCUUCCAUUUCAUUGGGUCAGCGGAUCAGAUCAGUGUAAUGUUUUUGUGUAUACAGUCCAGUUACUUUCUUGGAUUAGAUAGCUGGAAUUGUAAUUUUAUUUUUUGGAUAGACCAAGUUAAUAAGGUUAC